UUUCGACAAAGAGCAAGUUCGGGGGUGUUGGACAAGCAAGAGCCAAAGGCGCAAGGGAAAAAGAGGAAACAAGGUUGAUAAAUAGCUGUAAUCAGGAGCCGAUAUCGCGCAUGAUGGAAG